AGGAGCUGGAGGGGGAGGGUGGAGGUUGAACUGCUGUCUGAGAACUGCCAAGUUAUGAACUAAAGAACUUAUCCCCACCUCGGGGUGAAAGGGGCGGCACGAAACUGAAUAGAUUCUUUGGAGCCGUGGGAAAAGAAACUGAAGGGAACCAUCCCUCCCGAAGGAAUCUGGAACUGAGGGCUAGGCACGCGAAGGUCAAGAUUGCGGGCCUGGGAGAAAAUGACAAGCCCUCGGGGCUCUGUGGACCUAGUCUGGGAAGAAAAGGAGACCGAAGGCUGGAGGAAACAACAGUUACAAAUAACUUCUUAACGACACACAAGGGAAAUAUGGACCAUCAUCACCAUCAAGGAUAUUCAUCAAUGCCAGGAUCUGAAGGGUGUUUAAUACAAGAGAUAUUUGCAUUUUGAAAUUGAAGAGAUUCUCUUGGCUGCCCAAUUGUUAGAAUAAGGAGGAUGGGCCAUCUUGCAUUUCUCUUGGGAUUGCUAUUUGGAGUCACUUCUAUAUGUGGAAUUCCUUUUUGCUCAGAUGAUGGACAACUUGCCUUCUAUAAUUCCUGCAACCUCACCGAAGUCCCCCAAGUGCCAAAUACCAUUAUUAAGCUAUUCUUAAGUUAUAACUAUAUCAGGGUGAUUAAUGCUACUUCAUUCCCUCUAUUGGAGAUGCUCCUAUUGCUACAGCUAGGAACUCAGCACACGCCUCUGAUCAUUGAGAGAGAAGCUUUCAGAAACCUGCCCAACCUUAGAAUCUUGGAUAUUGGCUAUAGUAAAAUUCAGUUUUUGCAUACUGAUGCUUUUCAAGGCUUGCCCAACUUGUUUGAAUUACGUCUAUUUUCCUGUCAUCUCUCAGAUUCAAUUCUAAAAGAUGGUUAUUUUAGAAAUUUACAUUCUUUAGCUGUGUUGGACCUAUCUAUAAAUGACAUCCAGAAUAUCCACCUUCAUCCUUCUUUUGAAGAUCUGAAAUCUUUGGAAUCUAUAGACUUGUCUCAAAACCAAAUAUCCCAUGUAUGUGAAAGAGAUCUAAAACCCCUCCAAGGGAAAAGAUUUUCUUUGUUUAACCUUUCUUUCAAUAUCCUCUAUAGCAGGAUCUCAGUCAACUGGGAAGAGUGCAUGAAUCCUUUCCAAAGUAUGUUCCUUGAGAUCCUGGAUGUCUCAGGCAAUGGCUGGACAGCAGAUAUCACCCAAAACUUCUGUCGUGCUACCAAUGGAACCAAGAUUCUUUCUUUGUUUCUUAAAAACCAUAUUAUGGGGCCAGGAUUUGGUUUUCAUAACAUAAAGGAACCUGACCAGGACACAUUUGCUGACCUGGGCAUGAGUUCAAUAAUAAAAAUGGAUAUUUCACAUGGCUUUAUCUACUCCUUGAAUUUUCACCUGUUCAAGACCCUCAGAAAUUUAGAAUUUAUAAACCUUUCACAUAACAAAGUAAAUAAGAUUGCUAUAGAAGCAUUUUAUGGCCUUGAUAGUCUCCAAAUUCUCAAUCUAUCCUAUAACCUACUAGGGGAACUCUACAAUUCUGAUUUUUAUGGACUGUAUAACAUUUCUUAUAUUGAUCUACAAAAAAACCAUAUUGGGGCAAUUCAGGCACAGACAUUCAAAUCCUUGAAAAAUUUACAAACUUUGGAUCUUCGUGAUAAUGCUAUUAAAACAGUUGAUUUUCUUCCAAGCUUAACUAUGGUCCUCCUAAGUGGCAAUAAAUUGGUAAGUUUUGAAAGGAGAGGCAUAACUGUUGAAUUCCUUGAUUUAUCAGAAAACAGGUUGGAAUCGCUGACAGAUUUCUAUACUCUUCUCCAGAUUCCAGGUCUGAAGUUUCUCAUUUUAAAUAAAAAUCGAUUUUCCGUUUGCUACCAACAUUAUUUUUCUUCAAAGAACUAUACCUUGGAGCAGCUUUAUCUUUCAGAAAACAUACUGCAACUUGUCUGGCAAACAGGAUCAUGUUGGAAUAUGUUUAAGGGACUUUACCAGCUUAAAGUUCUCUUCCUGAAUAAUAAUUACCUCAGUUUCCUUCCACCUGAUGUUUUCAGUGAUCUGACUGCAUUACAAAUCCUUAGCCUGCAUGCUAACAAGUUGACAUCUCUUUCUCCUGGUGUUCUACCUGCAAAUUUAAGAGUCUUGAAUUUAUCCCAUAACCUCCUACUAUCCCCUGACCCAACCAUAUUUGCAUCACUGAGCCACUUAGAUAUAAGUCACAAUCAAUAUAUUUGUGAUUGUGAAGCCAAAAAUUUUAUCCUUUGGCUGAAUCAAACCAAUGUUACCAUGCUUGGGUCCCCUGAGGAUGUCUACUGCACAUACCCUGACUCAUUCUCUGGGGUCUCACUCUAUUCACUUUCCACAGAGGGCUGUGAUGAAGAGGAAGCCCUAAAGUUUAUUAAUUUUACACUUUUCAUCUUCUUUACCACCACCUUGACUCUGUUCCUCACAGCAACUGUGAUAUUCACAAAGUUCCGUGGGCUCUGUUUUUCCCUCUGGCAUAAGAUGGUCCAGAGACUGACAUUCAAGUACUAUCGUCAAGGAGUAGAAGAGGAUCAGCACAAAUACGAUGCAUAUUUGUGCUUCAGUAACAAGGACUUUGAAUGGGUCCAGAAUGCACUCCUUAAUCACUUAGACUCCCGGUACAAUUCUGAAAAUAGAUUUAAUCUGUGUUUUGAGGAAAGGGACUUCCUUCCAGGAGAAGACCACAUCAGCAACAUCCGGGAUGCCAUUUGGAGCAGCAGAAAGACUAUUUGCAUUGUGACAAGGCAUUUCCUCAAAGAUGGCUGGUGCAUUGAAGCCUUCAAUUCUGCCCAGAGCAGAUACUUCUCUGAUCUUAAAGAUGUCCUCAUCAUGGUGGUAGCCGGAUCACUCUCCCAGUAUCAAUUGAUGAAAUACCCACCAAUCCGAGUCUUUGUGCAGAGGCAACCAUACCUGAAAUGGCCGGAGGACCUUCAGGAUGUUGGCUGGUUCUUAAAUAAACUCUCUCAAAGCAUACUUACCAAAAAAGAAGAAAAGAAGAAAUCCAACAACAUCCCCUUACAAACCAUAGCAACCAUAUCCUAGCCAAAGAAAACAGUGUCAUCCUCAACUCCUGUCACAAGUUAUUCUUUCCAUUAUAUUUACAUUACAGAUGUUUGACUCUUUCUUUGGAAGCAGCCAGUUGGCAGGAUAGAUUGAAUGUUAAAUUGGGAGUUAGGAAGACCUGAAAUCAAAUCCUGCCUCUGACUUUGAUAGCUGUGAGACCUUGGGCAAAAUACUUUACCUUGCUUUCCAAUUCAGUUUUCUCAUCUGUCAAAUGAGGAUGAUCAAGUGAAGUUUAUCUUACAGGAUUAUUGUGAGGAUCAAAUGAGAUAAUUCUUAUCAAGCCAUUAGCAAACCUUAAAGUGCCGUUAUCAAUGUUAGUUCUCAUUAUUAUUCAUUGGAUUUUUCUGCUAAGAAAGGACAGAAACCUUCUGUUUUUCAUAUUCAUAUGAUGAUUUGCUAUGCUGACUUAAAAAGAAAAAUUAAUGAUUUAGAAAAUUGGAAUUGACCCCAAGAAGGAGACCAAAGGUCUAUCUAGUACCCAGUAUUUUUUUUAAAUAACUUUUUAUUGACAGAAUCCAUGCCAGGGUAAUUUUUUUACAGCAUUAUCCCUUGCAUUCAUUUCUGUUCUGAUUUUUCCCCUCCCUCCCUCCACCCCUUCCCCCAGAUGGCAAGCAGUUCUUUACAUGUUGAAUAGAUUACAGUAUAUUCUAGAUACAAUAUAUGUGUGCAGAACCAAACAGUUUUCUUGUUGCACAGGGAGAAUUGAAUUCAGAAGGUAUAAAUAACCCGGGAAGAAAAACAAAAAUGCAAGCAGUUUAUAUUCAUUUCCCAGUGUUCUUUCUUUGGGUGUAGCUGCUUCUGUCCAUCUUUGAUCAAUUGAAACUGAAUUAGCUCUCUUUAUUGAAGAGAACCACUUCGAAUAUAUCCUCAAACAGUGUCGUUGUUGAGGUAUAUAAUGAUCUCCUGGUUCUGCUCAUUUCACUUAGCAUCAGUUCAUGUAAGUCUCGCCAGUCCUCUCUGUAUUCAUCCCUCUGGUCAUUCCUUACAGAACAGUAAUAUUCCAUAAUGUUCAUAUACCACAAUUUACUCAACCAUUCUCCAAUUGAUGGGCAUCCAUUCAGUUUCCAGCUUCUAGACACUACAAACAGGGCUGCCACAAACAUUUUGGCACAUACAGGUCCCUUUCCCUUCUUUAGUAUCUCUUUGGGGUAUAAGCCCAGUAGAAACACUGCUGGAUCAAAGGGUAUGCACAGUUUGAUAGCUUUUUGACCAUAGUUCCAAAUUGCUCUCCAGAAUGUCUGGAUGUGUUCACAAUUCCACCAACAAUGUAUCAGUGUCCCUGUUUUCCCACAUCCCCUCCAACAUUCCACAUUAUCUUUCCCUGUCACUCUAGCCAAUCUGACAGGUGUAUAGUGGUAUCUCAGAGUUGCCUUAAUUUGCAUUUCUCUGAUUAAUAAUGAUUUGGAGCAUAUUUUCAUGUGUUUUUUUGUCUGAGAAUUGUCUGUUCAUAUCCUUUCACCAUUUAUCAAUUGGAGAAUGAUUUGAUUUCUUAUAAAUUAGAGUCAAUUCUCUAUAUAUUUUGGAAAUGAGGCCUUUACCUUUGAUUGUAAAAAUGUUUUCCCAGUUUAUUGUUUCCCUUCUAAUUUUGUCUGCAUUUGUUUUGUUUGUAGUACCCAGUAUUAAUGGUCUUUCAUGAAUUUUUCUCUUAGUGUCACAUAAGCCAUGGAAUAUGCUAAAUAUGAGGAGGGAAGCUUGGAAAAAGGAACAAAUGACGCUCAUUUCAUCAAUAUUCAGUUUUGUGGAACUUGUAAUAUUCAUUGUUGCUGAGUUCCCAGGAAAACUGCUUCUCAUCAGACUGUAGGAAGGACAGGAAAGGAAAGGGAAGAGGAGGAGAAGAAUUGAGGGCAGAGGAAUAGAGGAAAAGAGAGAAAGGAAAGGUAGAGAAAAGAAGGAGAUGGAGGAGGGAAUAGAGGAGAGUAUAAAGGAGGAGAAGAGAAGAGGGGAGCUUUCUUUACUUUCUGAUCCUUUAAAAAAUAUAUUUAUUUUCAACAGAAUGGUGCCAUUGCUUGAAAUGGAUGUCGAGUAUACCAUUGAUUCAGAUACUAAUCUUAGGCAAGACUGUAGAUCUAAAAGAUGAAAUGGAAUAGUUAAGUGUUUAAAUUGCCAUAUUUUUCUCCUUACUAUGAUGGUACCAUAUAGGUUUUUGGUAACAUUUCCUUCAAAGAAUGGUGAUGGUAAGACUUGGGAAAUUUGUCAUACAUCAUCAUUGUCAUCAUCCACAGCAAACUUUUUUAGAGUACCAUCUAUAGAUUAAUUACAGGGAACACAAAGAGGCAGGAAAUAUAUGGUUAUUUUGGAUGUAGAUGGGGGGAAGUAUAUUUAAAAUAAUCAAUGCCAAGGAAUAAGUACAUAGUAUAAGCAAUAAAUGCCAAAGUUGUUCACAAGAGUAAAGGAUCAUUAAGGGCUGUGGUGAUUUAGGAGAAGAUUUUUUUUUUUGACAUGUUGGAGCUGAAGCUGGAUCUUGAAAGUAGGUUGAAACUUAGGCUGGUGAACAUGAACAGAGAACAUGGGAAAAUGUGAAGGUGGAAAAAGAUAGCUAGAGUAUGGUUCAUUACAAAGAAGGUGUCAAAGGACCAAAUUAAAAUCCACCUUUGACUUUUGUACCUGUAUGAAUUGGGGUGAGUCUCUUAGGCUCUGGGGUUCAUUUUCUUCAUGUAUGAAAUCAGGGAGUUAGACUAAACUGCCCCUGAGAUUCCUUCCAGGUCCAAUCUAUGCUCCUAUAGCAGCAUGCUUUCCAAAAAUUAAUUUUCACUAUACCGAUAAUCAUUACUUUCCAUUGACAAUUGGAACAACUGAGGCAGGGAACCCUAGGUCAGUAUAAAGUAGAUUUUGGAGUUGUAACUACCGGAUGUUUUCCAACAAACACUCAGAUCUUACUUGCUUUCAGAUCAUGGUUUUCCCAAGUACAAUUUAAGGUCUGGGGUUGAAAAGGCAAAAAUCACAGUGCUUGUAUCAACAAUACUCAAGGUCAAAGCCAUUGGACACUGCUUACAGAAGAAAUUCCAAA